AUGGAUUUCACCUCCCCCUCUUCUAUUUAUCUUCCCAGCCUCUUGGCCAAGCCUAAAUUCUUACAAGAACAACCUCAAGAGGCAGUUACUACAUCUGCCAUGAAGCAGAGGAGAGUGAUUCUAAUUGCAUUGCCAUCUCUUGUACUCUUCCUCUUCUUCUUUUUCUACGUCUUCUUUAACAUCAGAGUGAAAUCACUUCUCCUAGCUUCAUCCAACAACCAUUCCAUUACACUCACCGAAACACCUCGUACAGAAACAAAAUUUAGCAUCCUGAUCGGAAUCUUAACCCGACCGGACAACUAUGACCGCCGCCAUUUCCUUCGCCUUGUCUAUGGAAUCCAGUCAUCCUCCGUAGCUGAAAUUCAUGUAAAAUUUGUGUUCUGCAAUCUCACAAAACCUGAACAAAGAGUACUUAUAGCUCUAGAAAUUCUUCGGUUCGACGACAUUAUCAUUCUUGAUUGCAUUGAGAAUAUGAACAAUGGCAAGACCUACACGUACUUCUCUUCACUCCCACAGAUCCUACCAAGACAUUAUGACUAUGUCAUGAAAGCUGACGAUGAUGUUUUCAUUAGGUUUGAGCCAUUGUCGUCGUCCCUAAAGCCGCUACCUAGGAAAGACAUGUACUAUGGUUUUGUAAUCCCCUGUAAUAGCAUGAAUCCCUUUGUGGAUUACAUGUCAGGAAUGGGGUUUUUGUUAUCAUGGGACCUUGUUGAAUGGAUCGGCAAGUCAGGCAUCCCUGCGAAUGAGACAUUUGGGCCAGAAGACAAGAUGGUUGGGAAAUGGUUGAAGAUGGGAAACAAGGCUAAAAAUAGGUUUUCUGACAAGCCAGCAAUGUAUGACUAUCCAGGAACAAAUGGGAGGUGCUCCCAUGAACUGAUACCAGAAACUGUGGCAGUUCAUAGACUUAAGAGGUGGGAUCAAUGGUUGAAUGUGCUUCAAUUCUUUAAUGUAACUAAACAACUUAACCACACCAAAUUAUAUCAUGUAUGA